CUGCAGGCUUUGAGUAUCCUCAACCUCCCCAGGGACCUGGUACAGACGUGGAAGCUGUUUCACACAACUGCUACUUGAAGGAAAAAAAGAAGCAAAUGAUACCAAGACAAGCUCAUAACAGAGAUCUAAUCAUCAGAUGUGUACGGAUGAAAAUACAGUGAGAUGAGUCAGAAAACAACUAAGGAGGGCCCCAGACUCUCCAAGAACCAGAAGUUUUCCGAGCACUUCAGCAUACAUUGCUGCCCACCAUUUACCUUCCUCAAUUCCAAACGCGAGAUUGUGGAUCGGAAAUACAGCAUCUGUAAGAGCGGCUGCUUCUACCAGAAGAAAGAAGAGGACUGGAUCUGCUGUGCCUGCCAGAAGACCAGCACCAGCCGCCGUGCAACGUCCCCUCAGAGGCCCAAGCACCAGCCAGCUGCACCCCCUGCGGUGGUCAGAGCACCAGCCAAGCCACGGUCCCCUCCGAGGAGGUCUGAGCCACGGUCCCCUCCGAGGAGGUCUGAGCCACGGUCCCCUCCGAGGUCUGAGCGUCAGCCACGCCCCCGCCCAGAGGUCCGACCACCACCAGCCAAGCAGCGUUCCCCUCAGAAGUCCAAGCAGCAGCCGCGCAGCAGCCCCCAAAGAGGGCCAGGCACCAGCCGCGGGGGGUCCCCCCUCAAAGCUUCUAGAUUAAAAAGGAGGAGCAAGCCGACCCCAAGAAAGAAGUGACCAAAGAGGAGUUUCAAGUGAAUGGAUGGCCUCAGCUCAUGGACUCACUGUUUCCUGACCCUCGUGCCCUUGGGCAAGUUAUCCAGCUUUGAGUAUGAUGCCGAGGCUGACACCUGCUGAUGUGCCAACUGCCCAUGCUCAAGCCGGGCAGCCUGUCUGGAGGCACAAAUACUGGAGAACCCUCCAAGUCCCAUGUCGGUUCCAUGUCCCUGAGGACCCUGACCACUGAAGAUGGUCACAAGAGGAGUGCACUCUAACAUACUCCCUUCAGGGUCCUGCCUUUGGCUUAGGAUUGCACUGUGUGCCCAGCAGUGGCCUUAUAGGAUCCUCUCUUGGCCAUUUUCCCUACUCAGCAUAGAGCUGGGGGUGGAAGGAGAGGAGUUGGAGUGGAUCCAUCUCUCUUCAGGCUCCAGUGGGGUUCAUUCCAGAUGCCACCCUAGCUUGUUUUAAGCUCAGGCUUGGCUGAUUUGUUUAUUGACUCUUAAAGUUGGAAUUAAAGGGUGAAAGACGCAGGCAAUAGACACUUCCCCCACUUCUUCCCAUCUCCUCCAACACUUUCCUACUUAGGAGACCCAUGGAGGGGAUGUGGAGCCAGGCCCCAGAUAGUGAGGAUACAAGGUUCUUGGGUCCUUCGCUUAUGACUCAGCAGCGCUUUCCCUACCCAGAAGACCACAUUUUCUUGCCUUCUUUUUGUUCUUUCUUUCUGCAUGUGGAAACAAGAUGUUGUCAUAUCUACUCAGUGCUUGUGCCCAUCUUGGGGCUCUGUUGUUGCUGCUCAUUCUGCCUUUGAUGCUCUGGCCUAAUAUCUUUGCACUGGUGCGUUCAGCUCAAAUAUCACCUCAGAGCUGCUUCCCUUGGAAACGCAUAGUGGUUUCCAUAGUUACUGUCUAGUCCAUCACUUGAGUUUGUCUUCACAACACUUAUCACCCUCUGGAAUUAUCUUGUUCAUUUCGUCACUUGUUUAUGGCUUGGCUCCCUUUUCCCUCCUAAUGUAAACUCCAGGAUUGCCAACACCUGUUUACUAUUCCGUCCUCAGU